CGGGAGGAGAAAUGGAAAGGGAACUGAAAGCAAGCUGGCAUAAGGAUUCUGUUACAGACUACCCAGCUGGGGAGGAGAUGAGACAGAGCUCUCUUUAUAUACAUUCCAUCCUUGCUUUGUGCUGCCAAUAAUCUCAUUUCAUAAACAGCUGAAGAAGCAAGGUGGAACUGUCCUUCAGUUCUGCCAAGGAGACACUGACAGGUGAAGCAGAAGAAAGAAAACCCUGGGAGAAAAUAACCCUGCUGUCUCAGGCAGGGAACACUCACAACAUUUAGCAAAUCCUUGAAGGCUUACUAUGUGCUAGGUAUUGGAGAAAGAUGAGGAUCUGGAAUUCUGCACUGCCCAAUGUUGAACCUUUGCAUGGAUGAAAGUGUUCCAGAGCUUGCUGUCUGAUGGAGGUGUCUUUGAGGCAUCUCCAAGGACGGAUAGAUCUAGGAAUCCUGAGGAGGUAACUACAUGGAGCUUGGGAACCAAAGAAGAGAGAACUUAGGAUGUUUUCCAAAUGGCUGGCUGAGUUGAACAAGCAGAACAGUGCUUCCUCUCCCGAGAUGUCUACAUCCUAACCUCUGGAACCUGUGACUAUGCAGGACUAGGAAACUAACGUGUCAAAGCUGAAAACCUGCAGGUAUAAGAAAAAAAGGAAGUGCCGGCACAUGGGCAGAAGGUACAUUCUAUGACGAUUCAUUUACCAUGGAGCAUGGGUUUCAAAGCACUGAGAAGUCCAUCAUGCCCCCAAAGUACGAUGUGUUGAGUCAAGAUGAACUGCGUAAAAGGCUGUACCAGACGUUUAAGGAUCGGGGUAUACUGGACACGCUUAAGACACAACUCAGAAACCAGCUAAUUCAUGAAUUAAUGCACCCUGUAUUGAGUGGAAAACUGCAGCCUCAGUCCAUUUCUGUGGAAGGGAGUGCUCUCUUAAUAGAUGCCUCUAACUCUCUAGUGGCAGAUCAUUUACAAAGAUGUGGCUAUGAAUAUUCACUUUCUGUUUUCUUUCCUGAAAGUGGUUUGGCAAAAGAAAAGGUAUUUUCUAUGCAGGAUCUAUUACAACUCAUUAAAAUCAACCCAGCAUCCAGUCUCUACAAAUCACUGGUUUCAGGAUUUGAUAAAGAAAACUCAAAAGGCUUUCUUAUGCUUUUCUUAAAAGAACUGGCAGAAUAUCAUCAGGCUAAAGAGAGCUGUGAUAUGGAAACUCAGACAAGUCCAGCAUUCCCUAGCAAGAACUCCCUUGCUGACAAGCUUCGGCUUAUUGAUGAUCAGUUUGCAGAUGCUUACCCUCAGCGUCCAAAGUUAGAGUCUUUAGAAAUAAAGUUAAAUGAACAUAAGAGAGCAAUAGAACAGCAGCUUCAGGCAGAAAUGUGUCAAAAGUUGAAGUAUUUUAAAGAUACUGAAAUAGCAAAAAUUAAAAUGGAAGAGAAAAGAAAGUAUGAGAAAGAAUUAGCUGAGUUCCGGACUGAGUUUGAGAAAGUUUGUCAAGCAAAAUCUGAAGCCCUUAUUUCUCGGGAAAAGGAAACCCUUGAGAGACUUCACAAGCACCAGGAGAUUGAAACAAAAGAAAUUUAUGCUCAAAGGCAAAUUCUGCUGAAGGAUAUAGAUUUGCUGAGGGGUAGAGAAGCUGAGCUGAAGCAAAGAGUUGAAGCUUUUGAAUUGACCCAGAGGCUCCAGGAAGAAAAAAAUAAAAAAGUGACUGAGGCUCUUAGGAGAAGGGAGCAGAACAUAAAGAAUAUUGAAGAGAAGUAUGAACAAAAGCUCAAGAAUGAACUUCAAAAGUAUCAACUUGAACUGAAGGACGAUUACAUCACUAGGACAAAUAGAUUGGUGGAAGAUGAAAGGAAGAAUAAAGAAAAAGCCAUUCACUUGCAAGAGGAGCUCACAACUAUUAAUUCAAAAAAGGAAGAACUCAAUCAGUCCAUAAACCGUAUGAAAGAACUUGAGCUUGAGUUAGAGUCGGUCAAAGCCCAAUCUUUGGCAGUGACACAGCAAAACCUCAUUUUGAAUGAAAAGGUUCAAGAGAUGAGUGAUUAUUCACUACUAAAAGAAGAGAAAGUGGAGCUUCAGGCACAAAAUAAAUUACUUAAACAACAACUGGAUGAGGCUAGAAAUGAAAACUUGCGUCUCCUAAACCGCUUAGCUCAGCCAGCACCUGAGCUUGUGGCUUUUCAGAAAGAAUUAAAGAAAGCAGAAAAUGCUAUAACACUUGAGCAUAAGGAGUUCGAAAGCCUCAGGCAAGCCCUACAAAAACAACUGCAAAGCGAAAUUGAGCAUUCUGCACAGCUAAAGGCCCAGAUACUAGAUUAUGAUUCUUCUGUGAAGAGGUUAACUGUUCAGGUUGCAGAUUUAAAAUUGCAACUGAAACAAACUCAGACAGCUCUAGAGAAUGAAGUGUACCGCAAUCCAAAGUUGUCUCUGAUUGAUCGUUCUGUCAGUGGGUUAGUAAGUGGCCAGGUGAUGCCUCACGAUGGAGAUAUACACGGGAAUUUCUUGAACAGUCCUUUCGAACAGGGAAAAGUUAUGGCAAGUGCAGUUGCACCUAGGAUCACAAGUUAUGCACGUGCAGAGACGGAGGGUAGUCUCCCCAGUUCUGACCUGGAGUUGGUAGCUAGCACUAAGGCACGAGUCAGAGAGCUCGAACAAGAGGCUGAGUGCUUGGAAAAAGCUUUCAGAAACUACCAUCGAAGAAUGAUUCAAAACCCCUCUAGAAGCCUGUUACCAGCCAAGAGUCCACCCUCUUUGCACCUGGCGGGUGCUCUCAGAAACAUCACUCCCAGUCUUCCGGAAAGAUGCGCUUUGGCAGAGGAGAGGGUUGUUUCUCCUCAGAUGGGCAUGCUGGAAGAGGAUAAAAGCGAUGCGCUCACCAGCAGUGCAGCAUCCCGGCUGCGAAGGGGCACUUCCUCUAGACGCCUCUCCUCCACGCCCCUUCCAAAAGCAAAGAGAAGUCUUGAUAGUGAAAUGUAUCUGGAAGGUCUGGGCAGAUCACAUGUGGCUUCCCCUAGUCCUCGUCCUGUCAGAACACCUCAGCCAUCACCUGCUGAGCCACAAAGUGGCUCUGUCCCUUCCUUCUCCAGCCACUCAGAGCAGAAGGCAAGUCUUUAUCAGAGAAAGAGCGAACUUCAAGACAAAAGUGAAUAUUCAAAUCUGGACAAGCCAGCUUUUAAGGGUAAUGAAAAAUUUGAAUAUUCUGAAUAUGGAGGGAACGUGCCAAAGCAAUUUGAAGUGGAUGGACUCCAUCCUGCUGGUGACAUGUCUUACGUGGACACUGCUGCAGCUGCUGUGCCCACCAGGCCCACCUCUGGUCACUACUCAAGUGUAAAAGAGGAACACAUUGGAGAACCAAAGAAAGAAGAUAAAGUAUGGGAACAGCAAGUGAAAGAACACAGACAAAGAGAAAGACAACAGAGUGACCAACAAGAAGCUUUAGAAAGGGAACGAAGAGAACUGGAAAAACUGGACCAAGAAAGGAGGAUGAUUGAGGAAUCAUUGAAGAUUGAAAUGGAAAAAGAAUUAGAAAAGAGUAUGCAAGAAUCGAAGGACAAAUCUGCUCACAGUCAAAACCCUUUAGAGAAAUACAUGAAAAUCAUCCAGCAGAGGCAAGAGCAAGAAUUGCCAGAUCAGAGCUCAAAAAAGGACAGAGAUGGCUCAGUAGUGGACACGCUGCCACCUAGUGACAAAGAUGAAAGGUAUGGUUUCCCCAAACCCUAUAUUCCUUACCAAAUCAUUAUUGCUCAAUAUGGUAGCUAAGAAAAAUGCUCAGGGAAUUGAGAUUGCCUAUAUGAAGUUAUUGAAUCAGUCAAAAUUACUGACUUAAAAAAAAAAUC